AUGAACUUUCCAAACCAACAACCAUCCGAAGAGGAGAAGAAAAUUCACCAACAAUACAGUGAAAGAACAAUCCAAACCGCUGUUCUCAUCGGUGCUGCUUUGUGGUUAAUCCCUACCGCUAUCCACUUCAUCAAGAGAGCCACCAAAUAA